GGCUCCGUCUAACCAGGAGACGCCACGUUACCGUAGUAUUCAUUCGCACGGUACACCGACUGCAGUUUAGCGCUACCCGUAGCAGUAGACGAGUUACGACAAAGUUGCAUUCGAAUAGAGCGAGAGUUUUAUCAGGAGAGACUCAUCGGGAACUAAGCUCUCCCGUUUUACUCUGCAAUGGCUUCUCUACUCAACUCCGCAUAUUCACUACGACUAUCUUCGAACUAUGAUGCAUUCAAUUCCCGGCGAAAUCGACGGCUGGCGGCCAAUCCGAGCUGUAUUUCCAUACAUAAGCGGAGACUUGUAGUUAGAGCUACUGAGACUGAUACAGACAAAGUUGGAGCCACGGUUCCAGAUAAGGCACCAGCUGAUAAGGGUUCAAGCUUUAAUCAAAUUCUCGGUAUUAAAGGAGCUAAACAAGAAACUGACAAGUGGAAAAUUCGAGUUCAGCUGAUGAAACCUGUUACAUGGCCUCCUCUUGUUUGGGGUGUAGUCUGUGGAGCUGCUGCGUCUGGCAAUUUCCACUGGACUCCAGAAGAUGUAGCUAAAUCAGUAGUCUGUAUGCUUAUGUCUGGACCUUGUCUAACCGGUUAUACACAGACAAUAAAUGAUUGGUAUGAUAGAGAGAUCGAUGCCAUCAACGAACCUUAUCGUCCAAUACCUUCAGGAGCAGUAUCUGAGAAUGAGGUGAUUACACAAAUAUGGGUGCUGCUCCUGGCAGGCCUUGGGUUGGCUGGUCUGUUAGAUGUGUGGGCAGGGCAUAAUUUCCCAGUGAUAUUUUACCUUGCCGUUGGCGGAUCCUUGUUGUCCUACAUAUAUUCAGCUCCACCCUUAAAGCUCAAACAAAAUGGAUGGAUUGGCAAUUUUGCCUUAGGAGCGAGCUACAUUAGUUUGCCUUGGUGGGCUGGUCAAGCAUUGUUUGGGACCCUUACACCAGACAUUAUUGUUCUAACACUGCUCUACAGUAUAGCUGGUCUGGGCAUAGCAAUUGUAAAUGAUUUCAAGAGUGUCGAAGGUGACCGAAAAAUGGGACUGCAGUCACUCCCAGUGGCUUUUGGCUCUGAGACUGCAAAAUGGAUCUGUGUUGGUGCUAUUGACAUAACUCAGAUAUCUGUGGCUGGAUAUCUUCUAGGUUCUGGUAAACCAUUGUAUGCUUUAGCACUUCUAGGCUUAAUUGCCCCCCAAGUCUUUUUCCAGUUCAAGUACUUCCUCAAAGACCCAGUGAAAUAUGAUGUCAAGUAUCAGGCUAGUGCACAACCAUUUCUUAUACUCGGUCUAUUAGUCACUGCAUUAGCAACUAGCCCUAGCCAAUGAUCUUCAUGUUGAAGAUAACUGUCAGAAACCGAGGGGGACACAUAUGCUCAUUUUAAAGCGAUGAGUCCGGACUGCCCAUUUCUAUAUGCUCAUGUGCUUAGCUUCCCAGUGAACAAACAUUCAGCUGCUGUCUGUUUGUAGAUUUCUUCCUAAAUUUUAUAGUAAGUUAUUUUCAUCCUUUUAGAAGAAAGGUCCUUUUUAUGCAGCAGGGGGAGCUGCAAACAUUCUCCUAUCUUGUUAUAGGGCCUUUUAUUAAAAAUUAGAUCAUUUUGUAUUCAAACAUAAUCUUGUGGAUCGUUUGUAACUUGACGCUAUAUUUUCAUAACUAAAAUUUUUACAUAAUUCGAAUUA